AUGGAAGCCGUCACAAGGACCGUGUUCGCCAUUGCCAACAGCUGCCCCGCGUCAAGUAGCAUGCCUCCAAAGGACGAAGGGAAGUGCAUUUCCAUGCACCAGCCCUGGGCCUCGCUGCUGGUCCACGGCGUGAAGAGGAUCGAGGGGCGCAGCUGGCCCACGGACCUGCGGGGACGCCUGUGGGUCCAUGCCACCGCCAAGGCGCCAGAUCCGCAGCACGUGCGAGAGGUAGAGGCAUUGUACAGGACGAUUUACGAGAUGGAGGGGAAGACUGUUCGAUUCCCGGAGUCAUAUCCAUCGGGCGUGCUUCUGGGUUGUGUUGAGGUGGUGGACUGCCUGCAGGGAACAGAUGUGGAGGGUUGGGAGGGGCUGCCAGACUCGAUAAAGUUGGAGGUUGGCUCUCCAUACUGCUUUCUCUGUGAGCAGCCGCAGCGGCUGCUGGUUCUCCAUCCUGUGAGGGGAUGGCCAGGAAUAUGGAAGCUGCCAAAGAAGAUCGUUGACACUGCUGGUGUCGGCCUUGCGAGGCCCACCUGUGUUGAGGGAGAGCAUUCCUGGAAACGCUUUGGCCGGCCAAAGGUGUCUCUCCAAGGACAACGGCCCACCAGUGGAAGAGAGAACAUGUGGAAGGAGAAGUAUGGGAAUGCCCUGAACAGAGGUGGUGUGGGUCAGUGA